AUGACAAUGAUAACACGAAGUCAACUUCAUCUCGUCGCUACAACUCCAUCUCGUCGCUACAACUCUCCACCAUUUCCAACACCGGAUGAACUAAAUCAAGCCAUAUUACAAUUACAUUAUAAUUUUGGAAAGAUGGGAAUAGUGGGAAGAAUUUAUAUAGCAUCAGAAGGAAUAAAUGCUCAAUUAUCAUGUUCCAUUAAUAAUUUAAAGGAAUUAAGAGAAUAUUAUGGAUUAGAACCAAAAACUUAUAAUUUAUCUAAUCUACCUAAACAUCUUACACCUGAAGAAUGGCAUAAUGCUUUAUCAAUUGCUAAAGAGAAUAAAGAUUCUAUCACUUUAAUUGAUAUGAGAAAUCAUUAUGAAAGUGAAAUUGGUUAUUUUGAAAGUUCCAUUCGUCCAGAUGUUGACACUUUUCGUGAUAGCGUAAAAAUAAUGAAUAAAAUAUGUAAAGGAAAAGAGAAUGAAGAAAUUUUUAUGUAUUGUACUGCUGGAGCAAUUCUUCUAUCAAAUGGAUUUAAAUCAGUUAAUGUUCUUAAAGGAGGAAUCACUGCAUAUGGGAGAUUUGUUUCUUCAAAUCCUUCAAUUAAAUCUUUAUAUAAAGGACGUAAUUUCACAUUUGAUAAACGUUUGGGUGAACCAAUUACUAAUGAUAUAGUCUCCCAAUGUCAUACAUGCGGUGAACCAUGUGAUACGCAUACAAAUUGUAGAAACAAAACUUGUAAUUUAUUAUUUAUACAAUGUCAAGAAUGUAAAAUACAUUUGAAUAGAACUUGUGGUUCUAAAUUUUGUUUAACUGUGGUAAAUUCUUGGGAUGAAAAAUUUGGUAAGCCUCCUAAUGGUGCUUUUGAUGAAGUUAAACCAGGUGGAUUACCUUGUGUUUAUGAUCAUAUACAUAGAACUAGGCCAAAAUUAGUUAUUGAAAGAUUAGGUGGCAAUGUGGCUAAUAUACCUGUUGAAAAAGUUGAUGAAAUUUUAGAAAAAAUAUCUUCUGGAAAAAUACCAGGAAAAUGA